AUGGGGGAUCCCAUCAUGUUCAAUGAUGCUGCAGGGGCAGAAACCCCGCUGGAGGCAGAGCUCUGCUUUGAAGAGGCGCUGCCCGUGCUCGCCUGCACUUCUAUGGUCGUGCAAACAGACCCGGCCCGCUCACCGCUCCUGGCGUGUGUCUCAGAUCUGCUCCAGGAAGAUGAUGAUUCUGGUAGUGAUUAUGGCAGUCGUGACAAACCAGGGUCUGCUUUAGGAAGGACUGUGCCAGAUGGGAAUGUGCUUUUUCCCGAUAUUUUUCGCACUGAUCAGCUUUUGUUUUACGAGCGAUUUAAAGCUUACCAGGAUUAUAUCUUGGCUGACUGCAAAGCUUCUGAGGUGAAAGAAUUCACAGCUGAAUACCUGGAGAAGGUCCUUGAACCACAUGGAUGGCAGGCAGUCUGGCGCACUAAUGUGUUUGAGGCCCUUGUUGAGGUUGUUGAUGUGGAGUACACGGCUCUGAAAGCAGUUGUGAAACUCAGUGAGCCUUUCCUGUGUGAGUCACGGGAUAGCACCUUUACCUUGGAGUGUGUGCAGGAAAUCCUGGAGCUGAAGGAGCAUAAGAUACCACUGCAGGCACUGUGGGUUGUGUAUGAUGAGUCAGGAGAGUUUGACCAGACAGCACUAGCUGUAGAGCAUGUCAGGUUCUUCUACCAGUGCAUCUGGAGGACCUGGGAUGAGGAGGAGGAGGAUGAUUUUGACUACUUUGUGCGAUGUGUUGAGCCUCGACUGAGAUUGCAUUAUGACAUCCUUGAGCACCGUGUGCCUUCUGGACUUGUAGCCGAUUACCAGAACUUGUUGUCUCAAUGUGAAGAGCUUUACAGGACAUUUUUAGAUGUGAGGAACAGCAUAUCAAGCAGUGGUUCAGAUUCAGAAAUAGAAAAUGUCUCUAUGGUGGAAGGACUAAAAUUGUAUGAGAAAAUGGAACAUUUAAAACAAAAGCUGAAACUAAUUGAGAACCCUCUGCUGAGGUAUGUGUUUGGUUACCAAAAAUACAGUGGUCUCCAAGCUAAAGGACUGAGACCAACAGGUACCAAGAUCACUCAUGUUGUGUCCUCAACCAUGAUGUCAGGUCUGCUGCAGUCACUGAUAAGGGACAAACUUUGCCCUGAAUCUUGUGGUGAAGAACUAGAAAUACAGUUUCACAAUGAUCCACUGGCAGCUGUAAAUGCUUGUUAUGAAGGAGACACAGUCAUCAUCUGUCCUGGUCAUUAUGUUGUAGAUGGUGUCUUCUGCAUUGCUGAUUCAGUUGAACUAGAAGGCUAUGGUCUGCCAGAUGAUAUAGUGAUAGAAAAACGAGGGGAAGGAGACAACUUUGUUGACUGUACAGGAGCCAAUGUCAGGAUCUCCAGUUUGAAGUUAGUGCAACAUGAUGCUGUGGAGGGAAUUUUAAAUGUCCAUUAUGGGAAAACCACCCUGGAGAAUUGUGUGUUACAGUGUGAAACUACAGGCAUAACAGUCCGAAUAUCAGCUGAGCUAGUAAUGAAAAAUUCAGAUCUUUAUGGUGCUAAGGGUGCUGGUGUGGAAAUAUAUCCUGGCAGUACGUGCACCCUGUUAGGCAAUGGCAUACACCACUGCAAGGAGGGAAUACUUAUAAAGAACUUCUUAGAUGAACAUUAUGACAUCCCCAAGAUAACCAUGGUUAAUAAUAUGAUCCAUAAUAAUGAAGGAUAUGGUGUGGUCCUGGUUAGACCAACAGUGACCUCUGAUCUAAAGGAUGCUUCAGCAGAGAGAACAAAAGGGAAUACACAGCCUGCCCAGUCAAGUGGUGGGACAGCCGGUGUUGAAGGCUUCAGGCAAGAAGACCUACCUGAAUGUGUAACUGAUGAGUUGGAGCUUUAUGCGCAUGGUGUGAUUUGUGAACAAACUGAUGGCAAUUGCGAAAUUGCAGAUGAACUUGGGGCUAUAUCUGCAAAGAAGAGCCAGAUGCACAAGAAAAGACUGAGUGAACUGGGAAUCAUGGAAGCUGAUGACAACUUAAUGUCACAGGAAAUGUUUGUUCGUAUUGUGGGCAAUCAGUUUAAAUGGAAUGGGAAAGGAAGUUUUGGUACCUUUCUUUUCUGA